AUCUUCCUCACUUCACUCUCUGUGCGCACGGUUGCGUCCCAAGGCUGUGUGUCCCUCUUAAAAUCAAGAGUAAUCAGCUAGUUACCGGAUAUACAUCUGAAUUUUGCUCGAAUGACGAUUUACCAAUCAAUCUUCCUCUUAUUCUGGGUUCUACGGGGAUGCAUUCCUCGACAAAUCCCCAUUGCCGUUGAGACGAGCUCCUAUGCCCCGUCGCCCCUGACCAGGGCUUUCGAAAAAAAGGUCAACUGGUCGCUUGACCAUUUUAACGUACCAGGCCUUGCAGUUUCAUUCAUUACGGCCGACAAGGUCUUCACAAAGGGAUAUGGCGUUUCUGAUCUAUCCACCUCACGAGCUGUCUCGGAGCAUACACUCUUCUUUGGUGGCAGUACAACAAAGGCCUUUACUGCAGCAUUGAUGGCACUUCUCGUUGACGACGAGAACUAUCCCGACAUUCACUGGCACACUCCCGUCCAUAAUAUCAUUCCAAAUGAUUUUAUUCUUCAGGACCCUUGGGCCACUGCGCAAGUUACCAUAGAGGAUAUGCUGUCGCAUCGUUCUGGUAUGCCUCGCCAUGAUUGGGUUUGGUUCGCCAACAUAACGCUUCAGCAGGCCGUGUACAAGAUGAGGGAUCUGCCACUUACGGCACCUAUUCGCACCAGCUUCCAGUAUUGCAACUUGAUGUACAUGGCUGCAGCUCAUCUUAUAGAGACAGUGACUGGGCAACCAUUUAAGGACGUCCUGCGUGAACGGAUCCUAAAGCCAUUAAACAUGACUGAAACCUAUAUUUCCCUCUCUGAUGCCAAGGCAGCAGAGGGAGACAUCGCUCGCGGAUACUUCUUAAACUCGACAGGGCAACUGCAGGACACAGAAUUAUCGUUCCAAGAAAGCAUACGGGGGGCUGGGAAUAUUAUCUCUUCUGCAGCGGAUUAUUCGAAAUGGGUCAAUGCUUUAAUCCAUCAUCGUUUGCCACUUUCUCCUUCAGGAUAUGCAGCGCUUAUGGGCGCCCAUACGAUUAUUUCGCCGGAGCCAGUUGCACCGGAUACGUCGCCAUUGCUGUAUGGGCUCGGAUGGUUUCUGCGAACGUACGCCGGGGAAGCAAUAAUUCAGCACCCUGGUGGAAUAGAAGGAUUCGGCAGCUUCGUUUGUUUCCUACCAAAGCGGCGAGUUGGAUUUGCCAUUCUAGGAAAUAAUAUGAUCGGGAUGAAUGCUGCAGUGAUGCUGCUUGGAAAUCACUUAAUUGAUGAGAUUCUUGAAAUCCCACAGCAACAUCGCUUUGACUGGCGAAGAAGGGCAGAGGAAAGCAUAAAUAACACCAAGAUCCCUCCCCAAAUACUCCAGAAUCUCUAUCCACGCAUCCCUGAUCCUCCCCUUCCACCUCCUGUCAUGCUCUCUGCAUUCGAGGGUGUCUAUACUCAUGCUGCUUAUCCAACUCUUAAUAUCACCAGCGAAUGCCCCGAUCGUUCUUUAUUCCCGCCAUUAUCCGGCAAGCAAAAGUUAGGCCCCCUGAAACUUUGUGCCACACUUUCUAAGAGCGCGUUCGGUGAUUCAGCCUUGGUGUUGGAACUCCGACAUGUCACGGGCGACUUUUGGAUAGUUGGAACGCUGAUGUACGGUGCGUCUACUGCCAUCAAGGCAGAAUUCAAACUCAGUCCAGAAGGAACGAUAAGCCGUGUUUUGAUUGAGAUGGAGCCAAAUAUGGCUCUUGAAGAUAAGGGCAUAUGGUGGGAGAAGAAAGCUUAG